AUGUCUCUCAUUUUUAACUGUAUUUUUUCUUUCAUUAACUGUCUAACUCUAUUAUUCUUCUUUCACUUCUUCAUUCUUUUCUUUUCCAAGUGCUUUCCGCCUCCUCUUCUUUUCUUCGUGUUCUCUCCUCCUCCCCUUGUGCUCUCUCCUCCUCCCCUUGUGCUCUCUCCUCCUCCCCUUGUGCUCUCUCCUCCUCUUUUCCCUUGUACUUUCUCGUCCUCUUUUCCCUUGUACUUUCUCGUCCUCUUUUCCCUUGUGCUCUCUCGUCCUCUUUCGCCUUGUGCUCUCUCGUCCUCUUUCGCCUUGUGCUCUCUCGUCCUCUUUCGCCUUGUGCUCUCUCGUCCUCUUUUGUCUUGUGUUCUCCCCUCCUUCUUAUAUUGUGCACUCCUAUUCCUCCUCUUCACCUCAUUCUCUCUGUACUCUCACCUCCUCUUUCCCAAGUGCUCUUUUUCUCCUUCCCAAAUGCUCUCCUCCUCCUCUUUCCAAAGUGCUCUCCUUCUCUUUUCUCUCAUGCUCCUCACGUUUACAUUGUGUUCUCUCCUCCUUUCUCCCUGCUUCUUCUGUUCUCUCUACCCCCUCCUUUGUCCCUAA